GUACCAAGCGAUCUGAUGAGACGACGGAUGAGGCAGUGACUGAGGAGCUAAAGGCCAUUGAGGGCAUCAUCGCAGAACUCGACGAGAAGAAGGCUGCAAUCAAAGAAGUGAACGCCAAGGGAAAUGCUAUGCUCGACACCUACACGCGUGACGAAGCUCAUACUCUCAGUCACGAGCUGAGCAAGCUGAAUAUGCGAUGGAGUAAAUUUAAUGAUAAGUCAUUAUCGUAUUCGCGACACGUCCGUUCUGGGAGGCACAUCCCAAGUCGCGAAAGCGACUUCCACACCGCGUUCGCUGAUUUUGAAGAUUGGCUUGAUCGAAUUGGUGAGAGUGUCGGCGAACUGGAGACACUGACCGCAAACACACAAUCGCUGAAAGACACCGCAAAGCGACGUGAAUGGAUUCAGCAGCAUAAGUCACUGGAAGCCGAGCUGAAUGCUCAUGAAGAGGUUUUGAAAGCUGUGGACGAAAUGGGACGAAAACUUGGCGCCGGACUGGAAUCUGGAAAGGAUCGAACUGAAAUCCAAUCUCGUCUCGAUGCGAUGGGCCAGCGAUGGAAGGAUGUGCGUCAGGCCGAAGGCGUCGUCAAAGAGAGACUGGCCGAAGCUGAACAGGAAUGGGAAAAGCUCACCAAUACGCUGUCGUCGUUGCUCGGUUGGAUCGAGGAUAAAAGUAUCGAGAUGCUGGCUUUUUUCUUUCUUUUUUUUUCUUCGGACAACAGCCGGUUCGGUGGUAGUCUGUCGGCUGUGAUGGCGCAAAGUGCUUGGAUGAAGAAUACCGAGAAAGAAAUGGAGCAGAAGGGCAUUCAAGUCCGUGAAGCGCGGUUACCAACGCCCACUCGUUCCU